AUAACCUCUUGUGCACAUUGCACUUUGACCAGGUUGCUUCACGAGUGCCUGCCACUCACUGCGGAUCACAACUCACAACUCUCCUGCCUUGUGCAUCAGCUUCUGCUGCACCACCUGUGCCUUUUCAUCUGUUUCCACAACUGGAUUUGUCACUGCCACCAUGUCCACAUCUGUACAGGUAGAGUUGGUCAUGGAAAAGAGCUACGGAGGAGUCGGCAGGUGCAAGUGCUCGUUCUGGUUCGCGGUGGCCCACGACAUACUCGGCAUCCUCAUCAUGAUGGUGGGGGUGUUUGGGGGGCUGGUCAUUCACGACUUGUUCAUCUACGCCGGGGCCAUCAUCAUCUUCCUGAGCCUGAUCUGGUGGGUGUUCUGGUACUCGGGCAACAUCGACGUGCCGCCAGAGGAGCUGGAGGACGACGUGGGCAUGAUGAAGCUGAAGGAGCGAGGACUCAGCCGCACGGUGAGGCGCGUGACCAGUCGCCUCUCCAACGGGAUCAGGAACUCCUUCAGGAGGAACGGCAGGUCCUCCUCCUCCUCCUCCAGGAAUGACAGACCUUCACACUGUGGUGGGGACGUGGCGCUGUCAACUGUAUCAGCACACGUCAACUCGUCUAGAGAACUUGUGAGAGAGACACUGUCUAUAUGAACUGUUCCAUGUCACAGGGAGGGAGAGAAAGACAAUGAACCUGGAUCUUUAUGUUUGUUCCAUUUGCUCAUGUGUUGAUUCUGUGUUUGCUCUGCUUUCACCAUCUACUAAUGAUUACACAGCAUCGAUGUCUUGUCAUGAUAAGAUCCACAUGUUUUUAUUAUCUCACUGAUAAGAGGAAAAACUUUGCACACCAUAACAGUGCAGCAAACGACACCACCUUCUGUCUCUGUUGUUCUUGACUGUGCGUGUUUGUCUGACUUAUUUAUUUUAUGUACAUAAAUAAAUUUAAAUUUCACUAUCA